AUGAAUGCAACGACAGCCAACUACACCGCCGAAAUCGCGGCAUUCGCAGCCAAUGCUACCGUUUCAACCAUUCCAACUGCUUUCCUCACUUUGCUGUCAAUAUACUUCCUCGACACGUUCGCGGCCAUGCUGGCUGGAAGCGUGCAGCCGGUUUAUCACUCUGCCGCAAAAGCCAUCAGGUUCACGCAUGGACUUGGUAGCCCGGACGCAUCCUAUACUGCUCUCGACGGCAUGAACACUUCCCUUUCCGGCCAGAUGUUCCUGAUGGGACUCGCAGCCGGCGACUUCGAGUUCGAGCACACCAUUGAAGGAGCAACACCCGCAUCCUCGGUGUUCCCAGCUCUCUUGUCACUGUCGGCCGCCUACAAUAAGACCGGCGAGGAGUUCCUUGCCGCAAUGGCUGUUGGCUACGAGCUGGCUACGAGGAUUGCAGCGGCUACGACUCUGGAAGUGGAAGAUGUCUUGGGCUUCCACCCUGCAGGCCUUGGGAGUCCAGCCGCAGCAGCAGCCGUUGGGACCCUUUUGCAGUGGGACGCCGACACGAUUGCCUCGGGCAUGGGCAUUGCAGUCAAUAGCGCAAGUGGACUAGUUGACUACCUCUCCACCGGAGCUGACACGAGAAACACGCAUGCGGCUCGUGCGGGCCAGCUAGGCGUCGAAGCAGCACUGAUGGCCAAAGCUGGAGUUCAAGGCUCAAAAGACAUUUUCGAGAACCCCGAGGGCUAA